AUGGCCAUCACCAAGAACGCAUUCCCGCGCCGUGCCAAACCAACCACGGACCUGGCGCCCACACCCGCCUCAUCCUCCCUCGCCAAGUUCAUCCAAAGCGUGUGGGAGCAGAUCCACGGUGGUAUAUCACUGGAGCCUGCCAUCUUCGCUGCGCAGGCCACGGACAGGCCAGGGGAGUCUACUGGAGGCACCAUGAGGCUGGCAGCGCCCCUCCACUUGUCGACUCCAUCCUCCAGCCUCGUCAGUCCCGGGGGCCAGACGGACGUGAGCCCAGAGUCCUUUACAAGGGGCAACGCCUUUUGCCGUCAGGUUCUGCAGACGAGCCGCGCAUGCAGAUCUGUCGAGGUCAUUGUGCAAGCGCGGUGGGUCGAGCUCUUUGACGCCUACGUCGCGCAUCUCACCAGGACAGAGGGCCUGUCCGCCCUCCGGGGCCGCAUGGCCGCCAUGGGGGAGGCGUGCCGGGAUUUCGGCUGGGCCGAGAAGGAGAUGCGCAACAAGAUGGCUGUCUGGCGGGGCUACAAGGAGAUCAAGGACGUCGGUGGCUGGGUGCCCCUGGUCUUCGCGGGCAUGGGCCUGUAUCGGAUGUGCAAGUAUCGCGUGGGCUUGGAGCCCGGGUCUCUGUCGUCGCUCAAGGCCAUGCGCUCGCGGUUUGAGAUCGCGGCGGACACGAUCCGUCCCGAGUGGCGCAAGUUACUCGUGGCCGUCGGCGAGCCGACGCAGCUGCACUAUCGGGGUCAUCCGCACGACUGGGUGGCCCAGGCGGACGAUGACGAUCCGCUUCCCCUGUCGCAUACGUACCGUCACCAAGAGGUGCCCUUUACGUUUCGUCAGGUGGAUGAGUGUCUGGUCGACGAGCAGCACUGGCCGGACGAUGACCCUCGACGGGUGCCGAUGACGACCAUGAUCACCAAUGCGAAUGCUGCGCAUGUGUGCGACACUUGCGGUCAGCCGCAGUCAGACGAUAUUAAGGACAACCAGUGUCGCUGUUUUCCAAGUCUGUUCGGUGGCCAGAGACAAAAGCCACCAGUGCAGGUCUUCAGGACCAAGAACGGGCGCAACAACGGUGUGCAAGCCCUUUUGCCGUUCUCACGGGGCAGUGGCAUCGGCGAGUUUGUCGGUCUGUUGACGAGCGACAUCCAGGGCGUCGAUGUGAUGAACAGCGCCGUGGGCGCGCGCAAGUAUCAGAUCUGGCAGGGUCGAGAGGGCAACUUUACACGCUUCGUCAACCACAGCUGCAAUCCCAACGCACUCUUCCACAAGUUCACCUGGUUGGGCAUGGAGAGGAUCCUGCUGGUCAGCAAGGGGAUUGAGGCUGGUGCCGAGAUCACCGUGGACUAUUCGGACAGUUACUGGGAGGGACUCGACAAGGUGUGUCUGUGUGGCGAGGCGUGCUGUCGCUAUCAAGGGAGGAGUGCAGCAUGA